AUGGGUUACGAGAACGAUCCGUGAGUGCUUUGAUCCGAACCCUAGGUGUAGCUUUUUCCUAUUCGAUUGCCAUCUUUGGAGAUUUGUUCUUGAUGUUCAGGUACGUUGAUGAAGAUGGGGAACCCUUGAUGGAUCCCGACGCACACUUCUAUCGGGAAGCCUCGCCGGUGCCCGUGUAUCGUCUCGAGGACGACGAUGCGGAAGAUGACUGGCGGAGAGAGAGGUCGCCGACGCCGGUGCACGGGUCCGCCGUGGAAAAGGGCGGGAAGCAGAGAAAAAGGCUCGUGAAGAAGAGCGGUAGGGAAAGCAGCCCGGUACCCGGUGGGAGCCUGUCGCGAGCUUUCGGAGUGGAGGAUUUGGAUGACUGGGAGGAAGAGCCGUCCUCGUCUAAGAAAAGGAAGCCUUCCUCGUUUUCGUCGAAGGAAGAGAGUGGAGGGAGCGGAAAGAAGGGGAAGGGGAAGUCAAAACCUCAACAGCCAUUGGGCAAGCCAUCGAAAUCGGGUUCUAAGGGUUACGAAGGAUUUAGGGAUCAUGGGCGUGAUUCAGAGCUCAAUGAGAUGUGGAAUACUGUCGCCGGAGGUGAUUCAGAGGUUAGGAGAUCCUCUUCUUGCCCGAAGAAAAUGCCUGCUGUCCCCAUAUUAAAAUUUGAAGCUGAAUCGAUGCUAGUCUCAUCAAGUUCCUUCAUUUUAUGUGCUGAUGAUGGGAAUAUUUCUUUCUUAUUGUUCUAGUGACUAGAGCAGUUGUCCUGUUCAUCGCUAAUGAAUUUUUUUAAAGAAAUAUUUCAAUUGCUAGAUAAUUUAUGGGCAGGAUGUUAAAUUCACUGUGUUGGAUAAAUUUUCGCCUUAUAACCAUCAAGCUUAACUGUAAUGACUUAUAAGCCAGAUUAGAAUGGAUCAUUAUUUAUUUUUUGACUGACAGAUUUGUUGCUCUGUCUUGUUUCGGUUUCUGUGUUUGGAAAAACUGUACGCAUCUUUCAAAGCUGUAUAAGUUUGUAAUCUUUCUGGUCAGUCAUAUUAUUCAAUUUCUAAUUUUAACCAAAGAGAAGAUGACCUUAUGUCUGGAUUCCUUGUUAUUGUUGAUGUCGAUUAUUUGUUUUACCUUUCGAUUUUCGUGAAUGCAAUCUAAGAAUGUUUUUUAACCAUCUUUCUUUUUAGGAUGACCAAGAAGGAAUCAGAACAAUGGAUGAUGAUGCCUUCAUUGAUGAUAGUGGGGUUGACCCUGCUGAUCGCUUUGGCAGUGAUAAUGAGGGAGAUUUUCUGAGGAAUGCUCCUCAGGUUGGUGCAUGCUAUUUCGUCUCGUAUUUCUCUUCCCUAUGUCUGUUCUAAUGCCUUUUAUGCAAUUUCCUGCAUGAUUUUGGUACUAGUAUUUUUUGAUGUACUCAUAAAUUUAAAUGUUUUAGGUUGAAAUACAAGAAUAUCUCGAAUAAAUUUAAUAAAAAACCUGGUGACUGCAUCUACCUUUAAUCUAUUUACUUCCAAAAGACUGUAGAUGGGUAUCUUUAGUGUAAAGUGCUCUUUAUUCUAAGGUUGACAUUUCCAGUCUAUUUGAACAGUUAUGUUUAAGACUUUUUUCUUUCCUGAAUGUUUUCUAUUGUUCUUAUAAAUGUUAAGUCUACUUUUGUCCUAAUUCAUACAGGCAGAGGAGGGUGAGGAAGAUGAAGAAAUCAAUCGACUCUUCAAGGGAGGAAAGAAAAAGAAGAAAACUGAGAAAUCUCCUGCUGAGCUUGCUCUAGUAGUAGAGCAUCUGAUGGCGGAGCUUGAAGUUACAGCUGAAGAAGAUGCUGAGCUAAACAGGCAAUCAAAACCUGCCAUUAAUAAACUGAAGAAGUUGCCACUACUAAUUGAGGUCCUUUCAAAGUAAGAUGGUUACUAUGACUUCUUACACUAGAUAUUUUCAAUUUUUAGAUCGAGCUAAACAGCAUUUAUGUUGAGAAUUAUCAAGAUUUGGUCCUCUGAUAUUCCAUGCAAAGUUUAAUUGACAAGGCAGGUCUUAUAUGACAUUUUUUUAGUGUUUAAACUAGGUUUAAAUGAAUAAAUAUAAAAUGCUCGAAAACAAGAUAAAAUUUUCUAAUACAUGAACAUAUAUUAAAAUCACUCCGUAAAAUUACAAGAAUUGAUUAGCAUCUACUUAGUAGUUAGUUAUUAGUAUGUAUUCGCAUUAGUAGUUAGUUACUAUUUGUAUUUGGAGAUGCAUGCUGCAGAUUGUAUUCGCAUUAGUAGUUAGUUACUAUUUGUAUUUGCAGAUGCAUGCUGCAGGUUGUAUUUGCAAAUGGCUCCGUUUCUCGUUCACAGAUAACUGCUUGCCUAAGGAGGGUGGGCAUCUUGGGUGUCUAGCCUGCCUUGUCGCGUUGGCAAUGCUUUGAAAGAUUGGUUUUAUGCAAUUUUUUUGCUUUCUUUUCUUCUAGAUUGAACCAUAUCUUUCUUUGUCCUGGUAACUUAAGUGUUGUAUGCCACAUUCGAUUCUCCUUGUAGUUCGCCAACUGGAUUAGCUGGUCAUUAAUUUCCUCAAGCUCUUGUCAGAUGGGUGAAGCUGUUGUAGCGUCUGAUAGUUAUCCUUUAAUCCUGCAGGAAAAAUCUUCAACAGGAGUUUUUGGAUCAUGGUGUCCUCACUGUCUUGAAAAACUGGCUUGAACCUCUCCCUGAUGGUAGCUUGCCCAAUAUGAACAUCCGGAGUGCCAUACUGAAGAUUUUGACAGACGUACGUGUAAUUUUUUUCUGCUUGAGGAAAUGCUUUAAUUUUCAGCUAUGAUACUUUGGUCAUGCAAAAUUAGAUAGAUCAUUAAGGAAUACAGAUAGUUUAGGGUUUCCUUAUUCCUUGAUUUUGCCUGUCGAUAGUGUAUACAACGUGGAAAGAAUUUAUUCUACCCUUAUGGCAUCACUAUUAGUUUUUGGGUAUUGCCCCGGUUGUACAUGAUCAUAGGUUAUUGUGGCUGGUUUCAUUUCAUGGAAAACUGCUGGUAAUGGAAUAAACUAAGUUGUUGAGUGAUCCAUGAGACUCAAGACUGCUAGGAAUAAGCAGACAUGCAAUAGAAGGGCGGAGGGGGCAUGAAUAAAUGCAACCUCGUGGAUACUUUUAAUUUUUUUUAAUAGUUCUCAUAAAAUUUCACAGCACGGUUUUCAAACUUUGUCUGCAAUUCAUAUAAUUCUCCUGCACUAUGAAGCAUCAUUUUAGUUAAGUACGGGGACUUUUUCAUUUCUUGAAAGAGAAUGAGCUUUGAGCAGGGUGGUGACUGGCUUUACUAUCUUGCAAUCGUAGAUUUUGCUCAAUUAUUUUUAAAAAAACGUCUCAUUAUGUUUCCCUUCUAAUCUGUUUGUGUUCCCAAAGAAGUGGAUUUUUUUGGUUCAUCCUUCACCUUUGGGAUAGUCGUCUUCUUGCUAUGCAGUUCCCUAUUUUGUCUUCAUUUUUCCUCUGAUUUCAAAUUUUCCUUCUGCUAUGCAGUUCCCUAUUGAUUUGGAGCAGUAUGAUAGGAGAGAACAGCUAAAAAAGAGCGGCCUGGGGAAGGUAUUGCUUUACAUCAAUCUUCUGUCGAUUUUGUAUCCAGUGUUAGAGGAGUUUUCAUAAAGGAGGCCUCUAUGGAACAGGUGAUCAUGUUUCUAUCAAAAUCUGAUGAAGAAACGACUGCCAACAGAAGGCUUGCCAAAGAUUUAGUUGACAAAUGGGUAACUUAUUAACUGAUUCUUUAUACUGUUUGCAGAUUACCUACAAGAGUUUUUGCUACAUUUCCAUGAAAAUGCGCUAAUAUUUUUUCUCAAAUUCAAUCAGAGUCGACCAAUCUUCAAUAAAAGCACCAGAUUUGAGGAUAUGAGAGGCUUCGAUGAUGAGAGAAUACCCUACCGACGACCACCAAUGAAGAAGUAUCUUAUAACUACCUCUUUUCUCUCUCCCGUUAUUACUAAAAUCAGUUUAAAUUAUUGAUUUUUUAUUGAUUAUUUUCUUCUUUUUCCAUUGAAGGCAAGUGAGCAAGGCUGCAGGACUAGAAUCCAGGGAUGACGAUCUUGAUGAAUUUUCACAGUAAGGGGAUAUCUUUUAUUUCUUGAUUUAUUAAGCAUCUUUUAUUCGCUGUUUUAUAUGCUGAAGUAGCUUCCAUCCUGAUAGGGGGCCAAAAGCAGGCCAAGGAGCAUCAAGGCAGCACGCUUCCAGACCAGAACCGCUGCCUCUAGAUUUUGUUGUGCGUCCCCAGUCAAAGAUCGAUCCAGAUGAAAUCAGGGCACGAGCUAAACAAGUCUCACAAGAUCAGCGUCGACUGAAGGUCGGUCUGCUCAUUGGCUACCUCCAAACCCCCUUCCUUUCUUUGUGCUGGGAAGCUCAGAGUCUGGUGCAUUUGUCAGAACCCUGAAAAAAAUAAAAAUAAAAAUCCCAUAAUUCUUGCUGUUAGCCAUCAAAGUCAAACAGCUUGAAAAGUCAAUAUGACAUUGACCCUAUGUUCAAUGCCUGUUGUACAACGUACCAUAUUUAAUAAGUUCAUCCAUAUAUUGUUUAUUAUUUGUGUCCUGCUUAAUGAUUUAGUAAGAAUUCCCCUCCUUAUUACUGCUUUUAUCCGUAUCGUGAUUCAUUCUGGCUCGUAAUCUAUGCAAUCUCUCUGUGUUUAAGGUAGUUCUCUGCCGUCGGGCUCCAUGAGAACUUCUGAUGGGCAAUUCACCUGACUCUUAGCUUGUGUGCCUUGGGCUGGCUGUUCUUGCGCAGAUGAACAGGAAGCUGCAGCAGUUGAAGGCCCCAAAGAAGAAGCAGCUCCAGGCAACGAAGCUCAGCGUGGAGGGCCGCGGCAUGGUCAAGUAUCUGUGA